AUGCGGCCUCAAUCCCCGCUCUCUGCGGACCUGCCCCCGCUGAUCAUGGGCACUGCGACAUUCAAUUCGCAAUACAAUGCUGAUCCGUUCGCUCUUCCCACGACCGAACUCGUCCAGCGCGCUCUGUCGCGGGGAAUCCGAGCUUUCGACACAUCGCCCUACUAUGGUCCCGCCGAGGAACUCCUUGGCCGCGCCUUAGCCACCGAGUUUGUGCAGACCAACUUCCCUCGAGAUUCGUACCGCCUCCUGACCAAGGUCGGCCGGGUCUCGGGCGCGUCGUUUGACUACUCCCCCGCCUGGGUGCGACAUAGUGUCCGUCGCAGUUUGCGCCGUCUGCAUACAGAGUAUCUAGAUGUCGUGUACUGUCACGACGUGGAAUUUGUCUCUCCAGCCGAGGUUCUGGCUGCCGUGACCGAGCUGCGCCGCCUGCGUGACGAAGAAGGUCUGCUGCGCUAUGUCGGAAUCUCCGGAUACCCAGUCGAUGUGCUCAGCUCGUUAUCGGAAAUGAUUCUCAGGGCAACAGGCGAGCCUCUCGAUAUCGUCAUGUCCUACGCCAACUACACCCUGCAAAAUACUCGGCUUCGUUCGCUCGCCUUGCCCCGACUACUCGCGGCCGGCGUUGACGUGGUCCCCAAUGCGUCCCCGCUGGGCAUGGGACUUCUUCGCCGAGACGGUGUGCCCAUCGGAUCAAUGGGUGAUUUCCAUCCCGCGCCAGAUGCGCUGCGAACGGUGAUCCGCUCCGCCGCAGAAUGUACCGCGCAGAGUGGCGAGAAGUUGGAAGUGGUGGCUAUCCGGUUCGCGCUCGAAUCGUGGCUGCGUGCAGGUGCAAAGGCCGGUGCGCUUGGUGCGCCGCUAGCUCGUUCGACGGAUGCCGAUCCGGGCUUUUUGUCCGUGGCGAACCUCGGCACAGGCAGGAGACUCGGUGUCAGCGUCAUGGGCGUGAGCAACAUUGACGAAUUGGAUGAAACUCUCCGCGUCUGGCACAGUAUCCUCGACGGACUCGAGAGCUCGGUCGAAGGAGAUGAAGACGUUGAAGACGACGAUGACUCCAACCUUGACCUUGAAAAGCAACUUCUCUCCCUGAAAAAGUCCCCCCUCUCUCCAUCCUCGUCAUCACCAACUCUCCAGACCGGCGCCGUUCCAUCCCAAUCCCAAGCCCCCGCCAUCCUCACCCCCUCAGAAGGUCUGAUCACAGACCGCGCCUGGUCACACACGCGCCGGGCCAAAAUCCUCCAACUAGCCAAGGAGGUGCGCGACGUCCUAGGCCCAGAGUGGGUGGAUUACGUCUGGGCCAGCCCGCCGCCCAAUUUCCAGAAUACGCUGUCCGAUGACCAUAUUGCCGCCAGGCGGGCGAUGGAAGCCGAAGAAAAGGAAAGUACAAUGGCGCUGCCGUCUCCGGCGGCUUCGGAUCAUGAUGAGUCUAUGUUGACGCCGCCGCUGGAUGCAGAGGCGCAGUUGAUUUGA